GCUCAGGAGCGCCAGGUGCCUACGGAGUGCGGAGUGUCUACUGUGCGCAGAGCCCCAGACCCGCGAAGAGCGCGAGCAGCGACCACCAUGUGCGGAAUCUUUGCCUACAUGAACUACAGAGUCCCCCGGACCAGGAAGGAGAUUUUUGAAACCCUCAUCAAGGGCUUGCAGCGGCUGGAGUACAGAGGCUAUGACUCAGCAGGUGUGGCAAUUGAUGGAAAUAAUAAUGAAGUCAAAGAAAGACAUAUCCAGCUGGUCAAGAAAAGGGGGAAUGUCAAGGCUCUUGAUGAAGAACUUUACAAACAAGACAGCAUGGACUUAGAGGUGGAGUUUGAGACCCACUUUGGCAUUGCCCACACACGCUGGGCCACCCAUGGUGCCCCCAGUGCUGUCAACAGCCAUCCGCAGCGCUCAGACAAAGGCAACGAAUUCGUUGUCAUCCAUAAUGGGAUCAUCACAAAUUACAAAGACCUGAGGAAAUUUCUGGAAAGCAAAGGCUACGAGUUUGAGUCAGAAACAGACACGGAGACCAUCGCCAAGCUGAUCAAAUACGUGUUUGACAACAGAGAGGUUGAGGACAUCACAUUUUCAACACUGGUCGAGAGAGUCAUUCAGCAGUUGGAAGGUGCAUUCGCAUUGGUUUUCAAGAGCAUCCACUAUCCGGGAGAAGCUGUUGCCACAAGGAGAGGCAGUCCCCUGCUCAUUGGAGUGCGGAGCAAACACAAGCUCUCCACGGAACAGAUCCCCAUCUUGUACAGGACGCGCAGUAUUGAGAACACGAAGAACAUCUGUAACUCGAGGGUGAAGAGGCUGGACAGCUCCACCUGCCUUCACGCCGUGGGCAAUAAAGCCGUGGAAUUCUUUUUCGCUUCCGAUGCAAGUGCUAUCAUAGAACAUACCAAUCGGGUCAUCUUCCUCGAGGACGACGACAUCGCCGCAGUGGCUGAUGGGAAACUCUCCAUUCACCGGGUCAAGCGUUCGGCUAGUGAUGAUCCGUCUCGAGCCAUCCAGACCUUGCAGAUGGAAUUGCAGCAAAUCAUGAAAGGUAACUUCAGUGCAUUUAUGCAGAAAGAGAUCUUCGAACAGCCAGAAUCAGUGUUCAAUACCAUGAGAGGCCGGGUGAACUUUGAGACCAGCACAGUGCUCCUGGGCGGCCUGAAGGCCCACUUGAAGGAGAUUCGACGGUGUCGACGGCUCAUCGUGAUUGGCUGUGGAACCAGCUACCACGCCGCCGUGGCUACACGGCAAGUCUUAGAGGAACUGACCGAGCUCCCUGUGAUGGUUGAACUUGCCAGUGACUUUCUGGACAGGAACACGCCCGUGUUCAGGGAUGAUGUUUGCUUCUUCAUCAGCCAGUCAGGCGAGACCGCAGACACCCUCCUGGCGCUACGCUACUGUAAGGACCGCCGGGCCCUGACUGUGGGUGUCACCAACACUGUGGGCAGCUCCAUCUCCCGAGAGACCGACUGCGGCGUCCACAUCAAUGCAGGCCCGGAGAUCGGAGUGGCCAGCACCAAGGCUUACACCAGUCAGUUCAUCUCCCUCGUGAUGUUUGGCCUGAUGAUGUCUGAAGACCGUAUUUCACUACAGGACAGACGACGAGAGAUCAUCCAGGGCCUGCAGUCGUUACCUGAGCUGAUCAAGGAAGUGCUGUCACUGGACGAGAAGAUCCACGAUCUGGCCCUGGAGCUCUACACGCAGCGGUCACUCCUGGUCAUGGGGCGGGGCUAUAACUACGCCACGUGCCUGGAAGGAGCCUUGAAAAUCAAAGAGAUAACCUACAUGCACUCAGAAGGCAUCCUGGCUGGGGAGCUGAAGCACGGGCCCCUGGCGCUGAUCGACAAGCAGAUGCCCAUCAUCAUGGUCAUCAUGAAGGACCCUUGCUUUGCCAAAUGCCAGAAUGCCCUGCAGCAGAUCACGGCCCGCCAGGGUCGCCCGAUUAUACUGUGCUCCAGGGACGACACCGAGAGUUCCAAGUUUGCAUAUAAAAUGAUCGAGCUGCCCCGCACCGUGGACUGCCUACAGGGUAUCCUCAGUGUGAUUCCCCUGCAGCUCCUUUCCUUCCACCUGGCUGUUCUCCGAGGAUAUGAUGUUGAUUUCCCCAGAAAUCUGGCCAAGUCUGUAACCGUGGAAUGAAAACAAGAACAUGAGGAGACCGUCACCACGUUUAACCUGGUUCAAGAUCCGUCCCAGUGACACCAUUCUCAUCUCCUAGAUCCCAGUAGAGCUUGACAGCUUCCACGUGCCUUAUACCCAAGUGCUUUGCUUCCAGCAGAUCCUGUUUCUGUGUCCUGAAGUCACCAGAGGAGAAGGGACUCAUUGUUUACACACAGGGAUCAGAGCGGACUUUUCCACUACCGUGCAAUAGAGAUAACAGCUCUCUUCCGAGUAACUGUGAACCUUUUUUAACCAACACUAGUUAGUUUUAAAAGACAAAAUAUUUAUAAUGACAAUUGUAUAGCUUUUAAGUUAUUUUUCUAAUAUGUGGCUUUCUGUAGCCAGGGUCAUGCCCAGGAUGUUCCCCCGCUCCCCGACCCACUCCGUGCCCCCAGUUUCCUGGCAGGGGGCAUUCAUCUCAGAUUUGAGCACAAGGCAUUGCCUCUGACUCCUCUCUCUUUGCCUUCCUCUCUCUGUGCUCCUGAAUCCCAAUCCCAUCUUCCUGUGCCUGCUAUAAUAGGUCCUGUUGAAAUCUCAGCUUCCUGUACCAGUUUUCUCUCAUCUAAAUCCCUCCAACUCUCCAACUUCUGUUUCAUCUGAUCAUGGUUCUUUUUAAGCCCAGGCAGCAUUUUGAUCCCUGCCCCGGCCUGUAGUAAAACAGCCUGAAACAUCCCCUGCAGGAGAGUAGCUUCCCAUGGGCUCCCUGGUCCUCUAUUUAAAAGCGUGCACAAUCAAAGUACUAUGCAAUUUUAAGACAAUAAAGACAAUAUAAUUUUUUU